GCCAACUGACAGACUGAGAGAGAGAAAGCGAGAGAGAGAGAGAGAGAGAGAGACAGAGAGAGUGAGUGAGUCACCAAGUAGCUCACGCUCUCAGUGUCGGUUUUAUUCCAACCACGGACAGCUGCCGAGAUCGAGCCAGAGAACGAGAGAGGAAAAGAGAUAGAGUUUUAAGAGACAGGGAAGAGAAGAGAGAGAGAGAGAGAGAGAGAGAGAGAGAGAAAGAUGGACUCAGAUUCGGGUGAGCUGAGUGAAGGCGAGCUUUCUCCAGGCCCUGAGAUCUUCAACUCGAAGAACCUGGCAUUGCAGGCACAGAAGAAGAUCCUAAGCAAGAUGGCGACGAUGGCGGUGGCCAACCUGCUGACGGACGACACAAGCAGCUCCAUCCUCGACGAGUUGUACAAGGCAAGCCGAGAGUUCACCAAGAGUAAGAAGGAAGCGCACCGCAUCAUCCGUGAUGUCAUCAAGAUCGCACUGAAAAUUGGUGUGCUCUACCGUAACCGCCGUUUCAGCCCAGACGAGCUCGAAGCAGUUGAGCGUUUCCGCAAAAAGCUCAACCAGGCGGCCAUGACGGCUGUGAGCUUCCACGAGGUUGAGUUCACCUUCGACCGUGGCAUCCUGUCUCAGCUGCUUCUUGAGUGCAGGGAUCUACUCCAUGAGAUUGUGGAGAACCACCUGACAUCGCGCUCGCACGCGCGCAUUGAUCGCGUCUUUAACCACUUCUCCAACGUCCACUUCCUGGGCGAGCUCUAUGGCUCUGGAGAUGAGUACAGACUCUACCUGAGCAAAAUCUGUGAUGGAAUCAACAAACUUCUGGAUGAUGGGAUACUUUAGCGACACCUUACUCUUACGUUCUCUAUGUUUCUCUUCUCUCUUCUGCUCUACUCCUUUUUCUACCAGACUGCCAAUUACUCUCCUCCAUUUUUCUGUCCUGUCUAACUCUUCAACCAUUUCACCAACACCGUUUCUCCAUCCUGACUCUGCCCAAGUCAUGUAAUGACAUAAUCCAGAGAAGCUCCUCCCAAUGGCUUAAUUGAUGCUGAUCUACUGUAUGUAUUGGCUGAAAUCAACCAUGUGGUCACACAAUGGCUCCAAGUAUGAUAUGUGGGACUGAAAGGUAUUGAACAGUACUGUUUAUUAAAACUAUGUGGAUUGUUUUAGUAUUGUUAUUACUAGCGCUAUGGUAAUUAAAUUAAUUAUGAAAUGACCCCUAAUGAACUGCCAUUGUGGUGUUGCCUUAGUGACUGGAACAGUCCUAGAAGUUGCUUAAACACAGUGUCCCCUAGUGUCUAUUCCACUUAUAUUACAGCUGAUUCCAAUUAUUCAAUAUUCUGUUUAGGAAGUAUAUGGAUAAAUUAAAUCUCUAUGAAACGAUGUUACGUUACAGUGAAAACUGCAAAGAAACCCCACUGUCCAGAAGAUGCUGCAAAAGUCAUACCGUAGCUUCACCUCUGGCACUGGAGACCCCUUCCAAAUUAUAGCUACCACACUCUGUACACGCCUCUCUGAAUGAGCAGUUACUAUGGAAACAAUACAUAUCAGCCUGAGAGAACGAAUAUACUGUACAGUAACUACUGUCCGAGCUGCUGUUAUAGAGAAUUAAUCAACACCUUCUGACCAAACAGAAUCCAGCGCAGUGGUGUGAGAGUGAAGCAGGACAUCACAGGACGCAGUAAGGUGUUGAUGUAGAUUUAAGGUUUGUUCAGUAAGCCGUAUCAUGACAUCAUUUACUACAAUAUCGAUAUUGUAGGAUCUUAACGCCCCGCCCAAAAACUCCUCAACACUUGUUUCACUGCAGCAUUUCUUCCAUUAAUUGUCUUUGUUUUCCUUGUUUCUCCAUCCCCUCAUUCAUCUUUUUCCAUCCUUUCUGCCACUUUUUUUUUUUUUUUACAGACCCUCUGACUGACAGCGUAAACAAUCGCCAGGAUGAUGGCGUGCUUUAGCCGCUCAUUCCUCUCUGAGCUUUCCUGCCUUUCUGUCUCUCUGCCACGGUUUUGCACUCUGUCACGUUUGUUACUGUUCCGUUCCCAGUACAACUGGUGUUUCAGCUGACGUUUUUAAAAUAAUUAUUAUUUUUGUUUCUCUUACUGCAGAAAAAAAGACAGGAUGUUCACAACUCUAUGAUGAUGUUUAUAGUCUGUGUGUGUGUGUGUGUGUGUGUGUGUGUGUGUGUGUCUGUUCCAAGUUUCUGUUUUCCUCACAUGCACUGUGUGACAUUUUGAGAAAUUCACAUGCAAAGAAAAGCGAUGUGACACCGGAAAGUGGCUUUAGCUUGUGUGUAUUGCAUGUGUGUAUUGUGUGUGUGUGUGUGUGUGUGUGUGUGU